AUGUUCAAGGAGUUCAAGCGUAAUGUGCCCGUGAUGGGCGCCAUACUGCUGGACGCGCGCAUGGAGCACGUGCUGCUGGUGCGCGGCUUCAAGGGCGCCAGCUGCUGGGGCUUCCCCAGGGGCAAGAUCAUGAAGGACGAGAGCGACGCGGACUGCGCAGUUCGGGAGGUCAUGGAGGAGACGGGGUACGAUCUGGAGGGGCUGCUGAACAGCGACGACUUCAUCGAGCUGGUUUUGGAGGGAAAGAGCUCACGCCCGCGGGAGGGGCGCCCGCGGGCACACUCUGGGGAUCGGCAGGGCCAAGCUUCACUGCCCGCGCUGCGCCGCCGCUCGCGGCUGUCGGCUCACGCCGCCGCGCCGUGA